AUGUCGACAGAGCAUUGCUCUAUAGGUAAUUCAGACACCAUCGCUCAACUUGUGCAAAGAGCGAUCACAGAAACACAAGAAUGGGGGGACGAUGGCGAAGACUACGACGAGGAGCUUGAUGGCGGCCUCGAGGAGGAAGACGCUGAUGCUGAAGCAGAAGAGAUAGCACGGAGACUAGGCGAUCAACUAUGGGCAGAAAUCAGCAAGGCCCAACUAGAAGUUGCCGCGACCACAACCACAACAGCGACGGCCAUUUCAUCAACCCUCCCUCCACUGUCAUCAGCCCCGUCUAGGCUUUAUUCUCCUGCACCUAUUCUUCCACGGAAGAAGCUUGAGGAAGCCAUUAUGACUAUGAAAUCUGUGCUCGCAUAUGCUUCGAAAGAUCCUCUGGCCAGCUCCACCUUGGGCGAGGCAAUCGUCCCUGAUUCAAACGGCGCAAAUGUACUCGAUGUAUUAUCCCGCAUAAUCGCAUCGGGCACUGUUUCGAAGGAUGUUGCAAAGAAGCUAAGCCAUCUCCUUGUGUCUCUUGCCAGGUCAGAGGUCCUUUUCUCUUCAUUGCGACACUCCAAUGCUUCGUCGAUCCAAUUGGAGCAGGGAAAACGCAAACGAGAUGAACAUGACAGUCUUGAUCUAGACAUACCAGCAUCAAAGCGCCCUAUGUAUGCCCAGACUACCUACGAUCUUCACACUCAAAUUCAGGAGGCGUCACGCAUCAUCUCCCACGCUCUCCAAUCCACUCCCUCUCGAGAUAAGCCGCUCGAGCCCUCUGUCAUAUAUUCAAUACAGUUUCAACUACACCAGAUCUUCCUAUUUGCUGUUACGUCUUCUGCCAGGGGCGGACCAGAGGUAAACGCCUUGCAAGAGAUAGGUGGUCUCAUACAGGUUCUGGGUGUUCUUAGCGGCAUUCAAAUUGGUGGCCCUUCAUCGCCAACUAUUCCUCCACACCAUCCUCGCACACCCUCUUUUCCACCUAACCCAUCUGCUGUGUGGGUGCCGCCCGGCGUGCCUCCCGGUUCCGCCCCACUCACACAUGAUAUCGGUACCGCUGUCUAUCCUUGCCUCGUUCCAGCAUGUCAGAAAACGUUUUCUCGAUUGUACAGCCUUCGCGCGCACCAACGUGUACAUUCUGUCGAACGCCCUUUUCGCUGCGAUCAGUGUCCUGCAUCAUUUGCCCGAAAUCAUGACCUCAAGCGCCACUCGAAGCUUCAUGAAAAGAUCGCAUGGAAAUGCGCAGGAUGCGAUAAGAUAUUCUCGCGUCGGGAUGCGAUCAAACGUCACAAGAACAGUAGUCGAACCCGUGGAAAGGGCGAGGCUUGUGUCGAGGCAGCGGUUUUAGAGGUGCAGGUAGACAAACAGAGUGAGGAGGAUGAGGUUCGGGAAGGUCGACGAGCAAGGAUCUGGAACGGCAUCGCUGCGCAUCAGUAUGCGACGCCUGCUUUUGCUAGUAUUCCUGGCGCAGAAGGAUCACAGGAAGAAGGCGAAUUGCAUCCGGAGAUUCUUCGGAGGUCGCAGGCCACGGUUCUUCGCCUUCAUGCGUUGUUGCAGGAGCGGGUCUCUCAAUCGCUCGGGGCGCCUCCAGGCCAAGUUGUGUCACAACCACCGGUAGACCCAAUCGGUGGUCAGGCUACACUUGCCAGCGUCAUUGCUCGCGCGCAGAGCAAUACUGGCCCCUUUGUUACCCCCUUGCCCCCACUUGUGACCCCUGAGAAACCCGCACCAGACGUGAAUUCUGCACAAGAAGGAAUGUUGCCCACACAGUCGAUUGAAGGCCCUGUCGGAUCAUCCUUGCCCUCACUUUCGCUAUAUGGUCUUUCGGAUGAACAGACGAGGAUGAUCGAGCAGGCAAUCGCUAGUGCAGCCUCUGCUGCGCAACUCCAAGCGGAAGCGGAAGCCGCUAUGGAAGAAGAAGAAGACUUGGAUGAGGGGGAUGACGAUGAACUAGACGACGAUGAGGGCGUUAAGUCUCAAAAGUGA